ACCUGGGUCAUGCGUUGUAAUGCCAUUUGCGCCAAUGUCGGCAAAGUACAAAACAAAGCCUCAUCGUUCGAGACUGUAGGAACUUUAAUCUUUAAUUAAGAUGCUAUUCUAUUCCUUUUUCAAAUCUCUCGUCGGGAAGGAUGUCGUCGUCGAACUGAAAAAUGACCUGAGUAUUUGUGGAACGCUACAUUCGGUUGAUCAGUAUCUAAACAUAAAGCUCACAGACAUCAGCGUGACCGAUCCGGAAAAGUAUCCACAUAUGCUGUCGGUAAAGAAUUGUUUCAUCCGAGGUUCGGUCGUACGGUACGUACAGCUACCAGGAGACGAAGUGGACACACAGCUGCUGCAAGACGCAGCUCGAAAAGAAGCUGUAACAAGUGUACGAUAAGUAAAGGCAACGCGUGAAGUUGUGUAAACUCG